UCGAGUGUUUCUUACGCGGCGUUUGUCUGUGUGCGACGCGGCAUGAGACGAUCUCAGUCUCCCACGAUGCGGUGGGCGCGCAAGCGAGGCAGCACGGCUCAUCCAGGCGUCUGAUAACAGGCGCGCGCAUUCGUCUCCCUUCACUGGGGGCAGACAGCGCCCACGCUGUAAACGACUCGUGUCACUCUGCGGCGAGGAGGGUCUACGACAGCAGGGAAGUCGUGCUGGGCGAAGGAUGUGAAAGGGAGGGCUCGAAGUCGACAAAGAAGGGCUGAUUUGGGCUGAGCGGAGAUGAAAGCAUGGCGUCUUCGUGUAUGGCACUGACGACACAGCAUACCACAAUCACGGCAAGUGGGAAGGCUCUUCACUUGUUUUUCCUUUCCUCCCUCGCGGCGUGAAACAGACUGACGAACAGUAUCCAACUCUACCUGCGGCACCCACUACUGGACCCAACGCGAGCGCUUGGCACAACGUAACCGUCAUUCGCCGAUCACGGUUCGCAGCUUCGUAGGGUUGUGCGAAAGCAUCGACAGCGGCAGCAGCGCUGAACAGCAGCACAUCGACCACUGCGCUGGACCUGGUCAAAUUGUCCCGACAUCCUCACAUCUUCGAACAAAGCCAUCUCCAGCAAAUCUUUUCUGCGCCUUCAACGCUCAACCGCGUGGCCGUGCCCCACUACAAAUCGGAGUCGCGUCCACUCAUCGGGAUCCACAAACGGCAAGGCCGAAAGCACGUCAGACGAGUUUAAGCUUCCAAGUGGGCUGUCUACAAAAAGUUCCUGUCGCGGAAUUGCAUCUUGCACGAAACACGUCUUCUCUUUCCUCUCACUCACAAUAAUCAUGGCAAACCCUCCUCAUGGCGGCGUCCUCAAGGACCUGAUCGCCCGCGAUGCCCCGCGCAGACAACAACUCUCCGAGGAGGCCGAGAAGCUGCCAGCCAUUGUCCUCUACGAACGCCAGCUGUGCGAUCUGGAACUCAUCCUCAACGGCGGCUUCUCCCCGCUCGAGGGUUUCAUGAGCGAGAAAGACUACAAUGGAGUCGUGGAGAACAACCGUCUCGCCGACGGCAACCUCUUCUCCAUUCCUAUCAACUUGGACGUGAACCAGAACCUGAUCGACGAGGUCGGCAUCAAAGCAGGUGCUCGCAUCACGCUUCGUGACUCUCGUGACGACCGCAACCUCGCCAUUUUGACUGUCGAGGAUGUGUACAGGCCUGACAAGCAAAAAGAGGCCAAGGAAGUCUUUGGUGGUGAUCCAGACCACCCGGCUGUCAAGUACCUCUUCAACCAGACUGGCGAAUUCUACGUCGGAGGCAAGGUCGAGGCCAUUGACCGCCUCCAGCACUACGACUACGUCGGCCUGCGCUACACACCUGCUGAGCUGCGCGCUCACUUUGACAAACUUGGCUGGUCCAAGGUUGUCGCUUUCCAGACCAGAAACCCAAUGCAUAGAGCUCACCGUGAGCUGACAGUCCGCGCUGCCCGCCAACGACAAGCCAACGUGCUUAUCCACCCAGUCGUGGGCAUGACCAAGCCUGGUGACAUCGACCACUUCACCCGUGUCCGCGUGUACCAAGCACUCCUUCCACGAUACCCCAACGGUAUGGCCGUUCUCGGUCUGCUCCCGCUCGCUAUGCGUAUGGGUGGUCCUCGCGAGGCCAUCUGGCACGCCAUCAUCCGAAAGAACCACGGUGCAACACACUUCAUUGUCGGCCGUGACCACGCAGGUCCGGGCAAGAACAGCAAGGGGGAGGAAAUCUAUGGUCCAUACGACGCACAGUACGCUGUGGAGAAGUAUCGGGAUGAGCUGGGAAUCGAGGUCGUACCAUUCCAGCAGAUGACAUAUCUGCCAGACACCGACGAGUACAGGCCCAAGGAUGAGGUGCCAAAGGAGAUCAAGACAUUGGACAUUUCCGGCACUGAACUCCGCCGCCGUCUGCGAACGGGUGGAGACAUUCCAGAGUGGUUCUCAUACCCUGAAGUUGUCAAGGUGCUGAGAGAAUCUCACCCACCUCGCAACAAGCAAGGUUUCACCGUCUUCCUCACCGGUCUCUACAACUCUGGCAAGGACGCCAUUGCUCGCGCGCUGAACGUCACGCUCAACCAGCAAGGCGGCCGAUCUGUCUCUCUCCUCCUCGGCGAGACUGUCCGCUCUGAAUUGUCCUCCGAACUUGGCUUCUCCCCAGAGGACCGCGACAAGAACAUCCAGCGCAUUGGCUUUGUCGCUUCCGAGCUCACUCGUGCCGGUGCUGCUGUCAUUGCCGGCCCUAUCGCCCCAUACUCCAAGUCGCGAAAGGCCGCUCGCGAGAUUGUCGAGAAGCACGGCUCUUUCUAUCUUAUUCAUGUCGCCACUCCCAUCGAGCACGCCGAGAAGACAGAUCGCCGUGGUAUCUACGCCAAGGCUCGCGCCGGCGAGAUCAAGGGUUUCACUGGUGUUGACGACCCAUAUGAGGAGCCACAAGAGAAGGAGGCAGAUCUCACUGUUGAUUUGACCAAGAUUAACGUGAGAACUGCUGUGCACCAGAUUGUGCUUUUGUUGGAGGCCGAGGGUCUGUUGGAUCAACUAUAAACGGGAUACAGUCUGUUCGGGAUAUAUAAACGGAUGUUCUGCAUAGAUUUGAUAACAUUUCAAUGGCGAUGAUCGAGACACUUCCAGACUUUUCUCCCGCUGCUUCUUCGCUGUUGCCUCCUGCCAGCAUGCAUUCAUUCCCUUGCCGCGCUCAUUCCGUCUUCGCCAACCAACUCAAUGCACCCACAAUAUAUCCUUCCAUACCCACUUUCAUCGUGGGCUGAAUCUGCGGCGCGAACAGCCCACUAUGAUUCACCGGAAUUCCGUGCGAGAGUGUUCCAGCUUUCUCAUGCUCAUCCCACAACUCAUGAGGCGUUCCUCCAUACAUGAAGAAACUCGUAGGCCUGUCCACUGCCGUACCCAAGAUACUAAAAUCCUCCGAUCCAGAAAGUUUAGCGCAGCAAGACGUAUAUUGAAUGUCCUGUUGGCUGAUAUCUUUCGAAGCAGGAUCAACGAAGUGAGCCGUGAAAUUAUUCUCCAGGACUUCAGUUAUGGUUUCGUCGUUGAUCGUUAAAGGAAAGUCCCGUGUAAUUAGGAUU